ACAAAAAAACACAAAAGGAACAAAACAUUAACUUUAAGAGCCAUGAAGAACCAACGCAGCUUCUCCAUUGUUGCUCUUCUUCUCAUUCUCUUUUCUUCAUCUGUCUUUGCUCAGCUUCAGACAAAUUUUUACCGGAAGUCAUGUCCUAACGUUGAAACUAUUGUCCGCAACGCCGUCCGCCAAAAGUUCCAACAGACUUUUGUUACGGCUCCAGCCACCCUCCGCCUUUUCUUCCAUGAUUGCUUCGUCCGUGGAUGUGAUGCUUCGAUAUUGCUGGCAUCUCCAUCGGAGAAAGAUCACCCUGAUGACAAGUCACUAGCCGGAGACGGGUUUGAUACGGUGGCAAAGGCAAAGCAGGCCGUUGAUAGGGAUCCCAACUGCCGUAACAAAGUCUCAUGCGCUGACAUUUUGGCUCUAGCCACUCGUGACGUCGUCGUUUUGACUGGCGGACCAAACUAUCCGGUAGAGCUAGGGAGGAGAGACGGCAGACUAUCAACAGUAGCUAGCGUUCAACACAGUCUACCCCAGCCUAGUUUCAAAUUGGACCAACUUAACACUAUGUUCGCUCGUCACGGUCUAUCCCAAACCGAUAUGAUCGCACUGUCAGGAGCACAUACUAUCGGAUUCGCACAUUGUGGAAAGUUUUCAAAGAGAAUUUACAACUUUAGUCCUAAACGUCCGAUCGAUCCGACUUUAAAUUUUCGAUACGCAUUACAAUUAAGACAAAUGUGUCCCAUUCGGGUUGACCCGAGGAUCGCGAUUAAUAUGGAUCCAACUUCUCCAAAUACCUUUGACAAUGCUUAUUUCAAAAACCUCCAAAAGGGGAUGGGUUUAUUCACGUCAGAUCAAGUUUUGUUUUCUGAUCAACGGUCUAGAUCAACUGUCAAUUCAUUUGCUUCUAAUGAAGCAACUUUUAGACAAGCUUUUAUUUCGGCUAUAACGAAAUUGGGUCGGGUUGGAGUUAAAACCGGUAACGCCGGUGAGAUAAGACGGGAUUGUUCACGUGCUAAUUAGUGAUUUGUUGUUUCUUUAAAUAUUUAAGAAAUUUGCUUCUUCUUUUUUGAGUUUCAUGGUUCUUUGAUGAAAAAAAAGUAAGAAUUGUUUU